GAGGAACUUAAUGGGGACAGAGGAAGUUGGAGUGCAAAGUAUUUCCCUCUCUGUUCCUGUCAAUAUCAAUCAGUCAUUCUUCUUGGAGAACCCCAUACCGACUUCUCUUUCCACAGCCUGUGGAGCUGACCAAGCCAUUCUUCCCAGGCAGGGAUUGCUGAUAUGGGGGCCUUUCUCUGGUCACUCCUUCUGCUGCUUCGAGAAGCCAAAGGGUUUUCUGGAGAUGAUGAGGACCCUGAGGAAGUGGUUGCAGCUCUUCUAGAGUCUAUCAGUCUCUCUCUGGAAAUACCACCCAAUGAAGAGGUUGAGAACAUCACCUGGAUCUCUCAAAAAAACCUCGCCAUAGUCGUACCAGGGAAAGAGGGACAGCCGACUAGCAUCAAGGUGAUGGAUCCUCGCUACUGGGGUCGAGUGGACAUCUCGGAGUCCAGCUACUCUCUGUAUAUCAACAAUCUGACUUGGGAGGACUCGGGACUUUACCAAGCCAAAGUCAACUUGAAGACAUCCCAGUUCUCUAUCACGAAGUCUUACGAUCUCCUUGUCUACCGGCGACUGUCAAAGCCCCAUGUCACUGUGACCUUUAAGAUUUCCGAGGAAGGUGCCUGUAAUGUAUCCCUGAGGUGCUCUGUAGAGAGAGCAGGCAUGGAUGUGACCUACACUUGGCUUUCCUCACAGGACAGCACUAACACUUCUCGUGAAGGCUCUGCCAUCAGUACAUCCUGGAGGCCCGGUGACAGAGCCCUUUCCUACACGUGUAGGGUCAGCAACCCCAUCAGCAGCACCAGCUCCCGUCUCAUCCCUGUUGGGUCCUUCUGUGCAGAUCCUGGCUCUCCCGAGAAACCUCCAAUGUUCUGCCUCCUGGCUAAGGGCUUGCUCCUUCUCUUACUCUUGGUAAUUUUAGCUGUGGGACUCUGUGUCUUUCGAGCCCAGAAAAAUUAUGAGAUGUCAAGGGUGAGGAAACUCAAGAGAAACCGAAUUAAACUGAGGAAGAAGGGGAAACCUGGUCCUAGUCCAGUCAGACCACCCCUUGGGGACCUCUGUUCUGAGCUCUGA